AUGGCCAAGCACCCGCCCACUCUCUACUUCUUCCGCACACUCCCCAAACCCAACAAGAGCAAUCCGGUUUGGGGCGUCUACACACUCCUUAUGGAGAAGGCCAAUCACCCAGCGAGGCUUUACGUCGGGUCAGGAACCAAUGCCGACCACGGUGUUGUAACUCGGCUACGCAAUUACAAGAGGGAGACACUCCUUCCCCAACUUGUCCUCAAAGCCCUCCAAGAGGGAUACUCUAUCAGCCAUGCCGGGUUGUUGUGCUGGUGCGCGAGGCCCAAGCCUGGUCAAGCCCCCAUUGCGCGGCUGAGGAUCGUCGCAGUCAAGGCCACGAUGGCCUUCGUGUUCUUCGCCGGCAGGCCCUGCAAGAUGGACGUUCUCUUGGACGACAUGUUCCCAUGGACAAGACACGAGGUUUCUUGGCAACCUCUUUGCACGCACACAUCAGGGUUACUUUGCUGGCACAAUCUGCCGUCAGCCGCCCACGUCCCCCGCGCCAGAGUUCGACUUCUUGCCGUUGAGGCAGUGUUGACGUUCGUGUUUUUCGCUGGCCGGACUUGCGCGAUGGACGUUUUGUGGGAGGACAUGUUGCCCUGGCGCCGAGAGCAGGUGGCAUGGGAGCCGCUAGCCAUUGCGAUUAAGGCAACAAUGACAUUUGUCUUCUUCGCGGGCAGGCGGGCGACAUGGAUGUCCUCUGGGAGACCAUGCUUCCACGAGGUAUCCUGGGAGCCGCUUUGCACGCACACGGCCUUCCUGGAGAAGCCGCUCGGUGACUUCAACAUGUCAGAAGCAGAGCUGGAGUCCUACAACGCCAAUCGCCGCGACAGGACUUUGGCCAAGAUGAAGGUCAAUUCGCGAGCCUUCGAAGACAAAGAGAAAGCCAUCAGUCUGGAGGCAUACCGCGCCCGAAAGAGAAAGGAGAAGCUCGCUUGGACAAGCAACAAUCGUGGCCGAGUGCAUCAGCACGCAAAAACGACUCGCACCAACGUCACAGAAAUGGAGGUGUCAUGA